AUGUCGGAAAAGCUCGAGGUGGAGGAGUUGCGAGCACAGCUAGAGCUCCGCGGCCUCGAAUCCACCGGCAUCAAGCGGACCCUCGUGAGUACUCAUCUGAUCUUAUUCUCGCCCUCUUGCUCUGUACCCUCCAAGUGAUUUCUCCUGCACCGAUGUAUGGCCUGUCGCCUGUUGACUUUCAGGUCCGGAGGCUGGAUGCGGCUCUGAGCAAGGAAGAAGAGAAAGUAUCCAGAGAGGCGCUGCUCCCGGAAUCUUCCGUUGGGAGUAAGAGGAAGACGACGAGUUCCGACGGAGGGGAGGCGGAGAGGGUUGAUGAUGUUGACAUCAUCCGGAAGAUGGGGAUUCGCGAAUUGCGUGAACAGGCCGGAAUGCGUGGAAUUCCUAUGAACGGGUUGAAGGGAGAACUCGGAGAGAGACUUUCCGCCCAUGCGGAGAAGGAUGGAAAAGAUUUGUCUGAAGGUGUGAGCAUUUCCUUAUAAUCUGUCUUGUACUAUUUUUUGUAUAGAUAUCUUUGCUACCAUGGAACAUUUGGUUUUUUAUGUUGACUUCUUGUCCGAUCACGACUAGAUCUUGUCGUGACUGAGGAGAAACUGGUGACGUCAACAAAGAAAGGCCUUUUAUUGGAUUUGUAUUGAAGAAUUUAGACGUCUGUAG